UAAUCUCAGCACCGAGCGGCUAAGGUUUUGUUCACCAUGUUGGAUGAACAGCUCAUUUCAGUUACCUCGUGACCAAUACUUUUAUCAUGUCACAGGAGCGUCGUGAGCUUGAAGUGUAGAGGAUCAGCCGAGUGACGUUUUUUCCUCAACUGACAGCGUCAAGGCCCAGCGGAACCAACGGAGGCAAUGCUGUUUUUAUGUGGAGAUAGAGAUACCCAUUAGCUAUCUCUGAGUUGUCAGAUUGAAUACCGCUGUCUAGCUCCUGGCGGUAGAUUUUGUCCCACAACAAACGGAUUUAACUUGUUAGUCUGUUUGGAUGCGCGCUUCUGAGCCGUAUUAGGACAGAGUGGGAUACAGAUACACACACACACACACACACACACACACACACACACACACACACACAAAAGCUGUCGAUGGGGGAAUUACGUUGUCUGCCAGCCGUCUGUGAGGAUUUCUUUUCUCGUGUUUUGAGUCAUGGUCGAAGCUUCGUCACCCUGUCAAACUGAUGGGGGUUUCUUUGGAAGCACGCGGCGCGGUGGAUUGCUAUAAUAAUAUGUGAGUAGGGUGGCUUGCCGAGGCCCGGGCCUGCCUGCCUCUCUGCGCUGCUGUAUUGUAGCCUUGGCUGGGAUACACCUCCUCUGCACCGGAUCAGCAGCGUUAAUUACGACUCUGAGAUUACCUCUGCUAUCAGAGUAGUUGUCUGGCCUGUACACACAUCUGAAGGAGAAUCCAGUUUGGAAUAAUAGAUUGCGAUUUUUAAGCCGUGUGGUGAGAAAAGCAACGUCGCCAGUGUGUGGCAAACUUGGAACACUUAAAAGAUGAAUGCUCUGUUUCCCAUGUGACCUGCUUUAGAUCGCACUAUUUUAUUAAGAGAGGAAGGUGAAUUUUUCCAGGAGUUGAGGUAGAACCAUCUCUGUGAUGAAAUGCCUUUAAGUCUUUUUUCUAUUGAAUAUUUUUGGUUUGUCACUGACAGCAGUGGCACUGUUAAAGCUGCAUAGAUUGUAUGUUUGGUUGGUCCAUUGCCCAUAAUGUGCUCUCCGUCACUAGUUUCAGACUUCAGUAGUCUAAUGGCGUUCUAAAUAGAAAAUUAAUUUAGGGGAAGUGGGGCAAAGCCUAGUUAGUAUUAUGCUAAAACGCCAUAUCAGAUAUCGGAUCAUUUCUGUCAAAGUGAUUGACUUUGGACGCUUAAAGGACAUAAAUUUUCUCUAUGUUUGCCACAAGUUGUAUUAACCGUGGGGUUGCUGUCUGGUUGCCAUUAGUAUCAUUUUGAGAAGCAGUUUGAAAAGGAGGCAUUUAAGUAUCAUUGGAUGGCUCUUUGCGGUACAACUGCUGCAAAUGUUACAAAAAUGAUGGCUGCUUACAACGGUGGUUCCUCAGCAGUAGCUGCCCAUCACCCCCAUCACCACCACCACCAGCUCCAGCACCUACCGCCUCCCCACAUGCAUCACCACCACCACCACGCGGGCCAGCACCACUUACAGCACCCGGGCUCAGCCGCUGCUGUGCACACGGUCCAGCAGCACACAUCAACGGCUGCCGCUGCGGCGGUGAUGCUAAACCCCGGACAGCAGCAGCCCUACUUUCCGUCUCCAGCCCCUGGGCAAGCUCCCGGGCCGGCCGCGGCCGCGGCUCCCGCACAGGUCCAAGCGGCUGCAGCAGCCGCUGUCAAAGCUCACCACCACCACCAUCAACAGCAGCAGCAACAACACACGCAUCACUUACAGCAGCUGGAUAUUGAGCCUGACAGACCCAUCGGCUACGGAGCGUUUGGAGUUGUCUGGUCAGUGACAGACCCCAGAGACGGAAAGCGAGUUGCCCUCAAAAAGAUGCCCAAUGUCUUCCAAAACCUUGUUUCUUGUAAGAGGGUAUUUCGUGAGCUGAAGAUGCUGUGCUUCUUCAAACAUGAGAAUGUGCUCUCGGCGCUGGACAUACUACAACCUCCACACAUUGACUACUUUGAAGAAAUCUAUGUGGUAACUGAACUGAUGCAAAGUGACCUCCAUAAGAUCAUUGUAUCACCGCAGCCUCUGAGCUCAGACCAUGCCAAAGUUUUUCUUUAUCAGAUUCUGAGAGGACUUAAGUACCUUCACUCUGCUGGAAUUCUACAUCGAGACAUCAAACCUGGCAACCUCCUCGUCAACAGCAACUGUGUGCUCAAGAUCUGUGAUUUUGGCCUGGCCCGAGUGGAGGAGUCCGAUGAAUCAAGACACAUGACUCAGGAAGUGGUGACACAGUACUACCGAGCUCCAGAAAUCCUCAUGGGGAGCCGCCACUACUCCAACUCAAUUGAUAUCUGGUCUGUAGGCUGCAUCUUUGCUGAGUUGCUAGGGCGACGCAUCCUCUUCCAAGCCCAAAGUCCUAUUCAGCAGCUGGAUUUAAUCACUGACCUGUUGGGGACACCUUCUAUGGAGGCGAUGAGGACGGCAUGUGAAGGCGCUCGUGCACAUAUUCUCAGAGGACCUCACAAACAGCCAUCCCUUCCUGUUCUGUACACACUGUCCAGCCAAGCAACCCACGAAGCAGUGCACCUUCUCUGCAGGAUGCUGGUGUUUGAUCCGUCAAAGAGGAUUUCAGCCAAAGAUGCCCUGGCUCAUCCUUAUCUAGACGAGGGUCGACUUCGCUACCACACGUGCAUGUGCAAAUGCUGCUAUACCACAUCCUCUGGUCGUGUGUACACCAGUGACUUUGAGCCCAUCACUAACACCAAGUUUGAUGAUGGCUUUGAGAAGAAUCUGAGCUCUGUAAGACAAGUCAAAGAAAUUAUCCAUCAAUUCAUUUUGGAACAGCAAAAAGGCAGUAGAGUACCACUCUGCAUUAAUCCUCAAUCUGCUGCUUUCAAAAGCUUCAUCAGCUCCACAGUGGCUCAGCCCUCUGAAAUGCCUCCAUCUCCGCUGGUGUGGGAAUAGCUACUGUUUUGUGUCAUUAUUUUUCCCGACUGACAAGCUGCUAAACUGGGAACAAGAAAGGGUCUCAGUGUCUUCUAUCAUCUGUGUAGCAUUUCACUGGAGAGCAUGACUCACAGGUCUGCUGGGCUUAUGCUGAAAAAUGGAAUGAAAGAAGAAAGAUCCACUGAUAAUUGCUUUAUGAUGUUGUGUUAGAUUGUUUAAAUGGAAAUAAAUGACAGAAAAGCUCUGUACAAUGCAUUGUGCAGAAUUUUUCUAAAGAAACUGAGAACACACACAUACACAAACACACAUAUAUAUAUAUGUGUGUGUUUGUGUUUGUGCACAAAUUAUAUAUAAAAUGUGUAUUUUACAAAUUCAAAAUUCUGCAAUCAUCAUCCUAUUAAUUUAGAAAACUAGGCUACUUUACACCCUUCAUUUCUGUCAUUUCUGGAUUAUUUCCAACCACACUUUUGAUUCUGACAAUCAAUUGUAAUGCUAUUAUUAUCAGCAACUGAAAAUUGCCCAUAUUUUAGAAUUUCUACAAAUUUGCUCUCUGUAUCAUUAUCGUUUUAUUUAUUUUUAAUCAUUUGUAUUAAAAAAAAAUGUUGCCUUGUGGGCCCACUGCGUAUUUGACAGUUUUCAUGUAUUCAUUCUUUUGACUGAAGGAGUGCUAAUUGAUUUUGGACAAAAGGGCUAAAGUUAGCGUUUUUGCCUAAUUAACAUUAAAAAGAUUAAAACCUAAGACCAACAUAUUCUAAAUAGCUCUAUUGAAAACACAGGGAACAGCCAAGCAUGGAUAGAUUUGGCUUUAAAUAGAGGUAACUAUAUGAUCCAUCUAUUUAUGUUGUGCAAGUUUUUUUGUUUUACUUAUGUGUUGUUCCAGCACAUCAAAAUUAUGAUAGCUUGUCACACAGCCAAUUUAGACCAAAUAUUUACUGAUUAAUUACUCAUCAUCUUCUCAUAGCAUCCUUCAAUGUGGAAUUAGUUCACUUUUUGUAAUUUACUUACAAAACAUACAGCAUGGGAUGUAUGGAAUUUGAAACUAUCUGUAGUUUUCACAGAAAAUCCAUUGAAAUAUUUAAAAUGUAAAAAUGUAAAAUGCUUACAGGAAAGUCAUUAUUACUGAUAAUGUUUAUGUAUCAGUUAUGUAUAAGUUUUCCAUUCGCAUAUUAAGGUUUUUUCAUUCACACACUGCCCAAGAGUUGUCAGCCAUAUUGGAUGUAUACAACAGCCAGUUGCUAGUGACUAGAUGACAGCGGUCUCUAGAGUUUCAUGGCUCCUCCUGGGUUAAAUAUGUUACCAAGAAAAUGCUGUACCUUCCCACUGAUUGUUUUGGUUGCUAGCAAAUUGCUGCGGUUGCCUGUAGUUUCUGAUAUUUGUCUGUAAAUACUUGCUUACUACUAGCUGAGCAGUAGUACAACUUGAAAGUGUGAUGUAAACUGGAGAUGGAUAAGGUUGGUAAAUGGACUGGUUCAAUCUUAUGUAAUGCUUUUCUACUCUAUUCAGACACUCAAAGCUCAGCAUGCACCACUCACCUAUUUACACUCAUUUAGACCCAUUCAGAAAAGCACUUUUUACCCCUCAGCCUUAAAAAAGGCAGAUGGUUUAUUGUCGUCACUGGCCCGGGCCGGUGGUGUGGACUUACAAGUUUGUGAAUGUGAUAACUCGAGAAUGAGUUGACAUAGGAGUUUAAAAUUGAUAGAUGCAGCUAUUUAAAAAAAUCCGUGAUGAGUUUGGUUCUCAGUUUUUUUUGAAAAUCUUGUAAAUGCGAUUACUUUAAAAUAAGGCUACAUAGGAUUUUGAAAUUGUUACCACAGGUUUAUCUACUAGGAGGCUGACAGGUAGCACUGGCAGUCACAAGUAUUUUUUUCUAUACUUUGUCUAUGUGACAAUCUAACAGUCACACUUAUUCGUCCAGUGAAUACAUCAGUGGCAGCUUGGGAUUUAGCAUCUUGCCCAGGGAUACUUUGUUAUACAGGCUGGAGCAGUAAGAAACAGAGUAAUUUUGAGUAAUUGAUAACCUACUCUACCUCCUGAGCUACAACUACUCCCUAAAGGUUCAGUUUCACAGUAAUAGUUGUGCUUCAAUACUGUAGCCAUUGUUUUUCAAAAGGCAAAUAUUUACUUUGAAGACAAAAAAGCCUCCUUUCCAGUUUGUGUUGCACUUUUCUGGUUUCACUGCAGUGCAGACAGUAGGUGGAAAGUGUUUCUAGAAGUCUGUCACGUCCAUUCAAAAACUAUAUCACAUCACAGUGACCAAAGCAAUCAUUAAGUUUUUGGGGAAUGCACAUUUUUCCCUUGGGCCUUCAGUGAUCAUUUUCCUAGGGACUGCUGUCAACCUCCAAUGUCUCACGAUCAGUCAAGGAACACCUUUUCUUUUAUCAUUGUACGUAAACUGGUCUCUUGCCCUGUGUAAAUAGGGCCUUAGCCCAAUGUAAGGCAAUGUAGGUGUUGAGCCUACAUUGUCACCUUGCACCAUGACUGUCACACUUCCAAAAUAGUAAAUAAGUUUAUGCCACAUGGUUAGUGGCCAUAUUUCAUAUUUUGCACAUCAUCUUACAGAUGAAUGAACACAAAUGUUUGUACAUGAGGCCUAAAGAAGGUAAUGACAAUAAGCCUGUCUGAAUUUGUGAACCUUCCCCACUUAUCAUGGAGAGAGUCAGACAUCCUAUCAUCCAUCAGCAACAUGCCAUUUCUGAUUGGUAACAUGAACUUGAGUAAAGUGUUCAGUUCCGUUUAAUUUCUCUGCAAAAUUAAAUGGAAUCUGCAGUUAAAAUUAUAUAUGAAAAGAUCAUUUUGGUGGCGUUGGUGAAUGCUCACUUGCAUCCUUCAUGAAGACAAGCUUUUUAAUGAAUAAGAAAUAACUUUAAGAAGGAAUUAGCCUAAAACCGUGCUUUUAGACUAGACAAUAAAAUAAACUCCUCUGAUGCAUACACAAGCAACUGUAAUGAUACAAGAACAAACAAUUCUACAGUAAUAUUUCUACCCCCUUGUUUGACCAACCACAUUAUACUACUUAUAAUGAGUUUAGUAAUCACAUAUAAUUUAAGAAGUCCCAUCAGACUGACUGAAAAAGUGUUGUAUAAUGAAGGAAUGUGUUUUAUCUACAUAUGUGCCUCCUAAAGUUCCCCUCUUGAACAUUCUCAGUCAAGGUGAGCUAUUUUUUUUUCCAAAAGAGUCUGAAGAGAAUUAUUUCUUAUUAAAAAUACCCUAGAAGCUUGCACUGAGCUGAAAUAUAUCAGGUUUCCAUUGUCCUCUGUAAUCUUUGCUGGACUUACUGUGUACUGUACACUUUCUGCACUGAAACAGAGCUGAUGCAAGUCCUGGUGUUUAUGGUUCUUUAUAGUCUGGGUCCUAUUUAAGUGGACUUGGCCAUUCGUUGUUUUCCAUGAGCACAUUAAAAGUAUAGCUUUUCUGUGGGGACAUUAGCAGCUCACAAGUCUCACAAGUGAGACUGUAAGCUAAUCUAACCAAAGCCACGUGAGCCACAUUUUUUAUCCUACCUUUUAGCAUCCUAACCCUCCAGCAAGAAGAAAAAGGGCAGAGGGUAAAUACUGUUAUGUAAUUAACUUUAACAGUUAAUGGACACAUUGACACUUUUUAAAAAAGUUUUUGCAGGCAAGAAAUUGUCAUUGUCAUCAGUAGGCUGUUGUCUGAAGCAAGUCUGCAAUAAGACAACUAGACAAAGUCUGGUGACAAUACAAUGACAACAUGCAAAAUACAUUUCAGAGACUUCAUGUCAGAAAUGGCAUGGAUACAUAUAUAUAAAUUGGGUCAAUACAGUAAAAAGAAAAUGUGCAGAAAAAUAAUUAAAAUGUUUUUUGUUUUUUUUUGAGCCACUGACUUUUUGGGUGGCUGUUGGUUAGCCAAAGCAAAGCUAAAACUGUUUGUGUGUUAUCACAUGUAGAUUGUUGGAAUGGAACAGCAAUGGAAGAAUCAGACUUAGACUGGGAAAUACAUAUUUAAAGAACUAAAAUCAUAGGUAAAAAGUGAGCUAAAGUAGCUUUCUUCAGAUGAGAAGAAAGCUUGUAGACCUUUUUCAUUAGAAGGACCAAUCAGAACCUAUUUAAAUACAAAGUAACUGAACUGGUGUAAACAGGCAGUUAAACCAGCAGUAUAUAUUGUUUUAGCUUUGUUCUUUCUACUUGAAUCUGUCAUCACAUACUAUAGACAUUCUUCAAGAAUUGUACUGAGCAGCUCUUCUCAAACAGGAGAAAAGUAGCACAUGAGCAUCUCAAAAAUGACAUGGUCUUUUCUACAUGUUUUUCCCUAAAUGGUAAUCCAGCGCAGAUAUGUGCCCCUGCUCUUUCUCAUGUGUGUACACUGUCUUCAGGAGAAAAAAAAGUUUUGACGUAAUUUAUUUAAUAUAUUUUUAGACUUGUUAUCAAUUUCUGUUCUUGUGUCCUAUGGUAUGCAUUCUUUUCACACCUCAGAAUAUAACUAUGUAUAUAUAUGUUAUAUAGAGAAGCAAAUCUACAACAACGUACAAAAAAAACCAAAAAACCCACACACAAAAAAACACUGUAUACGAAUUGUAUUAGCCUAUACAUUUCUAAGGCUGUGAAGUCAAUUUUUUUUAAAAACUUGCAUACAAAUGUAUAUAUAUUUUCUUGAUUUUUACCCUGCAACUAGGAUGUGGACAGAAAAUCCUGUAACAAUUCAAAGAAAUGCAGUCAUCUUAACGAUAACUUGUGUGUACAGCAGAGUUGUAGAUAUGUCUAAGGAAAAAAGCAUUUUUGUUAUUAUUUUUAAUUAUUUUGUCACGGCAACACUGUGAAUAUGUAUAUUAAGAAUUCACCAUGUUGGUCUCUACCUCUUGAGCUCAAUAACUUGGCAUUGUUUACCUCCACACAUUUCUGAUUUCAUGUGGGGAUGAAAUAAAAAAACAAAAAAAAAACAAAAAACUUGAAUGUCCAUUCAUGCUUUUGUACUGAAAUAAUAAAAUAUGCUGCCCCUACACAUACAUCUUCCGACAGACCUUUCUUGCACUCUGUUUGUAAUACAAAACCUACCAGUAGCCAAGGGUUACAUGACUGUUAGAUGUUCUGACCAUGAUGGUUGCAUUCAAAGCUCAGUGUCAGGGACUUGAUUUGAUACAAAGAGGUAUUAAACCUUGUGAUAACAAACAAAAGCUUCUCAUAAAGAAAAACUAUCAUUUGAGAAGCAUUUUCUCUUCUUUGCAAGUUGUAAUGCACUGUAUGUGGUUGUAGCAUUGGACAUUUGCAAGUUGUUGUCAUCAUCCAUAGAUCUGUAAUCAUUAGGGCUGACCCCUCCUAGUAUUAAAGCUGGGUUUCAGAAUUUGUCUUUA